AUUUUCAGGUCCAUUUCGACUUCGGAUCUGCACAAUGGUCUUAAAAGAGGCAGAUUUAAAAGCAUUGAUGAAUUUUUUAAUCGAUGAGACGAAGGAUGUCGACGUUGAGCCGCUGGCGGUGAAGACUAUAUUCAGGAAAUUCGCUGAAUGCAACGGUUCCGUGCUUGGUGCAGAUGCCUACCACAGGAGAUUUCAAAGCAAGCUGCUACCAAGGAUGGAUCAAAUGAACGAAUACAGUGUCGUGUCACGCAUUCAAGUGACGUUUGCCUUGUCGGCAAAAGUGUCGGACAAGUUCAUGACAUUGAUCAAAUCGACUGGCACUGUUAAGAUUGACGAGAAAAUGCGAAUCUGCAAUUAUAAGUCACACGACGGAAAACUCACGUUGGAAAGAAUCCACAGUAAAUCUUCUAAGGCAGCACGAAAGAGGUCAACGAAGAUCAUGCUCUCCGCCGAUGACGUAAGAUUGAUGACGUUUCUUGUUGAAAAGACGAAAGAAGCCAAUGAGCCACUGGUGGCAACAAACGUUUUCAUGGAGUUCGGUAAAAAAGAUAAUGCCAGAUGCUCGGAUGGAGCCUAUUAUCGAAAAUUCCAUAAAAAGCUUGCGCCGAACAUGGAUCAACUGGACAAUUACAGUAUUGAAAGCCGUGUCCGAGUGAUGCUUGGGCUUGCUGGAGAAGUUUCGGACGACUUUCUGACACAAGUUCAAACGGAGGGAAUUGUCGUGCUCGAUGAUGGCAAACGAAUUUGCGAGUAUGCAUCACGUGAUGGAAAGCUGAAGUUGGAGGCGGACCACAGUCAUUCGGCAAGAAUGAAAAGAACAUCUGCAUAUCACCGAAAGGCUGGUCGACACGUGCACAUGGUCAUGAAUGCAAAUCAGACGACGAACCAAGCCGAGAGCGACGAAGAUGGCGUAGAUUCGGCGACUUCUCUUCCUAGAUCUCCGAAAAGAGCGAGAACUGAAAUGAGCUCGAGUGACGACGACGAUGAUCUGGAGAUUAUUGAAACUGUGGACGGAUAUCCGAAGCCUGAGCCAGCUGAUUUCGAUUUUGAAGAACUCCUCAAUAGAGAUUCAACCUAUAAUUUGCUCAUCGAUCAUUCGCAAGAAUAUAAAGAAGUGAUGAUGGAAGAGAACAAUCAGCCAACUACUUAUGUAAAAUCUCUUCAAUUGGACAGUGACGACGAUGAGGUGCAAUACAUCGGAGCGAUGAAGAGACAGUCGAAGCCUGAACCAAUUUUCGAAGGAUUUGCACCACAUAAUUCGAAUAGCGAUCAUGUGCAAGAAGAACAAAAAACUGGUGUUCCACUCUUUGAUCGUCAACAAAUCAGUCUUUCCGCGAAUAAUGGAGCCACUUCAGCUGAACCCAUCAAUAUGUCUGAAUUCCUGAAACAACUGACCCAGUUCAUUUGCGGUCUCAAAAGUAAGGAACUCGAGAAGCUCAAGCAAAAAAUCAAAGGAUCAAUUGGAACUAAUGUUGAUAAGAUUAUCCUAUUUCCCGAGCUUCGUGGAGUUUUCGAGGCAUUCCUCAUCGCAGUCAGUCGGAAAAUCAAAGCAGCCGCUUCAAAUGCCUCUGCUAUGAAGGUCAAGGAUUUCCUUCUCAAGUUCGAGUAUCUUCUUCUUGGAUUGGAUUCUUCCGAGCUUCGAGUGAUCCAGCAGAAGGUCCAAGAAAAAAUCGAUCAGCCGGGAUUGGCAGAGAAGGUUCUUCUCUUCAGCGACGUCCGCGAAAUUCUUCAAGGCCUGCUCUUUUUCAUUUUAAACUAAUUAAAAAAUUUUUUUUUUCUGUUCAUUUUCUCCCUUUGUUCCAUUUUUCUGUUGUUUUUCGUUCAUAAUUGUUAUUUGCCCAUUUUUUGUUUUGUUUUUUUUUUCUGAAUGAAUUUUUGUUUAAAGUAUCG